AUGGAAAUAAGCCAAUUAGCCUAUGCCGAUGAUAUCAUUAUCUUCACACAAGCGGCUGAGACCCCUCUUCGCCAACUUAGAGCAUGUCUUAAUGGGUAUGAGGGAGUCUCCGGGCAAGAGAUCAACCUCGCCAAAAGCAACUUUUACAUCGCAGAAGUUCAUGAACAAUGGGCACAUUCAAUCCAAUCUGAAGGUGGCUUUGCUCGGGGGACCUUCCCCUUCCUCUACUUGGGAGUCCCCAUAUAUCGUGGAGUCAAGCGCACGGAUAUGUUCAUGUUUAUCCGGGAAAAGGAUGCAAGAAGGAUUUCCGGUUGGGCGCAUAGACAUCUAUCCUUUGGAGGGAGGCUAACUCUCAUCAAGAGUACCCUGGAGGCGAUCCCUAUCCAUAUUUUUCAGGCUAUUGAGCCAACAAUCGGCUCCCUUAAGCUCCUUGACCAAUAG